UCAACUUUGACAAAAUUCAAUCAAUUUUACUUUUCCACGGAACUUAUAUUUUGUAUCUAUUUUCUUUUCAAGGCAGGAAAAGUAGUUUUGCUGUAAUAUAAGUUGAUAGAAAUAAACUUUAACAAUGGCGGAUCGUCUCACACAAUUACAAGAUACGAUAAAUCAGCAAGCUGAACAUUUCUGCAACAGUAUUGGUAUACUUCAGCAGUUUUCAACACCAAGUAAAUUCCCUGGAUUCGACCGCAGUGGAUCGCAAACGCCACAGCAACAACAAAAUCAAGAAGACUAUGCUAUGCUCUUUGCAACGUUAAUUUCUCGAUGCGCAAAAGACAUUGAUACACUUAUAGAGUCUUUGCCAAGUGAAGAGAGUUCCACUGAGCUUCAAGUGCAAAGCCUAAGAAGAUUAGAAGCAGAAAAUAAGGAGGCAGCGGAACAGUUGGAAGAGGUUGUGCGCCAAGGAGAAAUACUACUGGAAAAGAUACAAGGAGCUCUGAGUGACAUUGCUCAGUGUCAACUUGAUAUGCAAAACCCAGCGUUAAUCCUCAAUAAAGAUGUGAAACCUCAGCUAUAGGAUAUGUGGAAGUAUGGAAGUAACCAUAAAUCAAAAAGAUAUGAUAAAAAAAGACUGUUUUAGAUAUACUCAAUGAUUUAGACUUCAUUAUUUCAUACAGUGCUAUUAAAAAGUGUGGUUUUUGUCUAUUACAAAAAA